AUGAUUCGAUAUACUUUCCUACUGUUCCAUAUUGCAUUCGCGAGCACACAGUCUAGCAAUGCUCACGGUGCGGCCUACACUCAGUAUGGAGGCAGUCCGCCGGUGUAUCCUUCACGUAUGUUGAUUAUUUGUCGUCUGCGUCCACACACUGACUCAUCUCUCGCAGCAAACGUCACAGGUAUCGGGGGAUGGAACGAAGCAUUGAAUAAAGCGCGAGCGUUCUUAGACAAUCUCACUCUUGAAGAGAAAUCUCUAAUAGUGACUGGAGCUGCAGGUCCUUGUGUUGGAAAUAUCGCCCCCAUCCCGCGACUGAACUUCAGCGGUCUUUGUCUUCAAGAUGGCCUUCUCACUAUUCGUCAAGCCAUCGGCGCUUCACUGUUUCCUGCCGCCCUCACGGUUGCUGCCUCUUGGGAUCGUUCGCUCGCUCACCAGCGCGGUGCUUACUUGACCAAGGAUUUCCGGGAAAGGGGCGCGCACGUCGCUUUAGGACCUUCCAUAGGCCCUCUUGGUCGUUCGCCCUUCGAAGGCUGCAAUUGGGAAGGCUUCAGUCCAGACGCCUUUCUUUCAGGCACUCUUGUCGAAGACACGAUCAAGGGUAUGCAAAGUACAGGAGUACAAGCUUGCGUUAAGCACUUUAUUGCCAACGAGCAGGAAACAAAGCGAAUGCCAUCAGUGAACAACAACGGCGUCACUAUCGACGCCGUGAGCUCUAAUGUUGAUGACAAGACUAUGCACGAGACUUACCUUUGGCCAUUUUCAAACGCCAUUCGAGCUGGUUCGGCGUCUGUAAUGUGUUCCUACAAUCGUAUAAAUGGAAGCUACGGAUGCCAGAACUCAAAGGCGCUCAAUGGACUCUUGAAGAAUGAGCUUGGAUUUCAGGGCUAUGUCAUGUCCGAUUGGGGAGCUACCCACGCUGGCAUCGCUUCGUUCGAAGCUGGACUCGAUAUGGACAUGCCCGGGGGGCAAUCUCUAGUGGCGAACAACAGUACUCUCCAUGUUGAAAGGCUAGACGACAUGGUUCUUCGAAUCAUGACACCAUACUACUUGCUGGGCCAGGAUAGAGGCUAUCCAGCUAUUGAUACGUACACGACACAGCUAAAGUUCUUACCGGAGCCUGUCUAUACCCACAACUACACGUAUAGUCCUGGAUCGAACUACCGUAAUGAUGAAGCCACUCAACUCAUCAGGAAGUUGGGAGCAUCGGGCACUGUGCUUUUGAAGAACACCGACAACACGUUACCGCUUCAGCAACCGAAACAAAUUGACGUGUUUGGAAAUGAUGCCGCAGACUUGACCACCGGUCAGUACCAAGCUAUUGACUACGAUAUCGGGACUCUCCCUAUUGGUAGCGGAAGUGGUACAGGCUUUUUCUACCAUGUCAUCUCCACGCUGGAGGUGAUCAAAUCUCGAGCAGCCUCAUAUAGUGCUCAUGUUCAAUAUGUCAUUGGCAACACAUUCAUCGCUCUCGGUGGACUAUUUGAACUGGCGCCAAAGCCCAUAAAUGUAUGCAUCUUGUUUCUCAAAUCAUGGGCUUCUGAGGGUUCUGAUCGUACCACAUUAAUCCCAGAAUGGAACUCGAAGGUUGUCGUGGAGCGUGUCACUGGCGUGUGCGACAACACCGUCGUCGUCUUGCACGGUGCAUCACCGAACACAAUGCUAUGGCGAAGCAAUCCCAAGGUCACGGCUAUUCUGACCGCCCAUAUGCCUGGAGAGCGAACAGGCAACUCAAUCGUCGAUAUUCUUUGGGGAGAUGUGAAUCCCUCUGGCAGGCUUCCGUAUACAAUUGCGAACAACGACACGGAAUACCGGAAGAAUAUUGCGAACAGCAUUGCGUUCCAAGACACUGAUGACCCGUCUGACUGGCAAGCCGACUUUUUCGAAGGCAACCUAAUAGACUAUAAGGACGUUGCAUUUCCUUUCGGCUUCGGACUAAAUUACACGACUUUUAAUGUCUCAAACCUCGACGAAUGCCCUAAUGCCCCGAUUCAUCCAGGUGGCAAGAUGGAACUCUGGGACAUACUCGUGACAGUCGAGGCUACUGUUACUAAUACUGGUUCAAGACUUGGGGCCGCCGUUCCACAACUCUAUCUCUCGUACCCCAGUGAGGCGAAAAUGCCUGUGAGAAGCUUACGAGGCUUUGAUAAGAUCGACAUCAGCCCAGGAACGACAGAGACGGUUCUAUUCGAAUUGACGAGGCGCGAUCUGAGUUGCUGGGAUACGAAGGUUCAUGCAUGGAGGUUACCUACGGGAGAUAUCACAGUACAAGUUAGAUUUAGUUCUCGGGAUCUACCACUGCAGAGUAUUAUUGGUAUUUAA